AUGGCAGCCAUGGUGGGUCCAUCUACCCCUAUGGGGUGCGUGCACCCCUCCUCCGCCUCUUGCGAUCCAUUAGACGAAGCAAAGCCGUCCAAGCCACGCCUCUCCUCUCCCAUGCAAACGCAACCCUUUCCGCCUCUCUCCCUCACUGACCGCAUUCCCAGGCCACCAGCGCCAACAAACCCCGCGGCAGUGCAAAGCUCCGCCGCAGCCGUACCCCCUCUCCCCCCGUCCCUUCACCAGAGCCUUUGCCAGAAGGUCCUUCAAGCGCGAGAUGCGCAAAGCAACAUCCCGUCAUCCUCUCCCCCAAUGUCACCCGCCUUGAAACCGCUCUUCCUCUCCCCCAUGUCUCCGCACACGCCUCCGCUUCCGCCCUUCGCGUCCGCGAGCCCUGUCGUCACGCCGUCGCUGCAUCCCGCGAGCCAAACGCCGCAGGCUGGCAGAGGGGCUCCAGGCGUCACGAAUCUGCGACAGAUUCCUUCGGGCGCGGAUGAGCGCACAUAUGGUGGCAUGAAAGUCGGCAUGUACCAUCCGGAGCAGGAGAAUCUUUGCCGGUCGCCGUCUUGGCCCAGCCACAAGCGCAAGCGGCACGAGGUGCAAGACUGGCCACCGGGCAUCCCGUGCGGCGCCCUGCGCAUGACCGCCGGGUGCCCGUCCCCGCAUCGCCUCAGCAACUGCAACAGCCCCGUACUCGGCGCGCAUGCGCCCGCGCGGCCGUUUGCGAGCGGAGGGUCCGCGGGGGAGGGCAUGGCGGGCAGUGGCGGCGAUGGGUGGACUCCGUCGAAGAGUCCGCGGUUGAUGCCGCAACAUAUGGAUUCGAAAGCGACUGAACGAUCUCCCCGCUCAGGGCGCUACGAUGCUGCUGCGGCUGUGGGAUUUAGAAACAGCCCUGGAGCACCGGGCCACCACCAGCAGCCGCCGCCGCCGCUGCAGCAGCAGCAGCAGCAGCAGCAGAGCAUGUCUCCCGCAUCCGCCGCGCGUCUCAACAGAAGCUAUUCGCAGCCCACCCUGGUUCACCAGUCGCAAGGGCAGUCGCAGCAACGCACCGCGCGCUCUCCCCAGAUGCUCAGCCCCUUCAGCCGUCCUCAGCCCCACCCUCACGCGCAACCUCAAGCGCACCCUCAUGCGCACGGACCGUCGUCUGCUCCGCACGAGCUGCAGCAGCAUCCGAGCCCAUCUAGCACACCACAACCGCCGAAUCCUAACUAUGGCGCUCCGCAAUCUGCGCCGUCCCGCGCGCCGUCGCCUGCAGCGGCAAGGCCAUGCCCGCCGUGCCCCUCCCCGCUCAUUUUCCCGCAGCAGACCCCGCACACUCACAGCUUGCAACCCGCGCAGGCGCCCUCCGUCCCCUCCAGCCCUGCGCCGAUGUCUUCCCCCAGCCUCUCCGGAAAGCCCGCGCUCGUGCCCAUCGCUCCGCGGAAGAUUCUCCCCGCCGCCCCCUUGGUUCACCCAGGCGGCAUUCCGCCGGUGGGGCAGAGAGGCGCAAAGAUCCUCGGACUCAUGGGGCUCAACGUCGCGCCCGGCGCGCUCCCCAACCUCAUGGCGCAUCCCCCGCAACUGGGGUCCAUGGGGGCGCACGUGGGCGGGGUGAUGGGCAUGGGCGCGGGGAUGAGCAUGGGUCCGCCUGGCUCGUUCCCCUCGUCCUCCCCGUCCGCUCUCUCCCGCUCCCAGAGCAUGACCACCAGCAGGGUGCCUGUUCUCCCCUGCCCCUCCGCCACUGCCGCCGCUAUUGCGCGCGCGCGAGCGUCAAUGCCGCGGAGCCUCAGCGCGCCGCGUGUGCUUGCUGCGAACGGCGCUCCUGCUGCCUUAACUCCUACUGUUACCGCCGUGAACGGUGCUGGUGAUAACCUCGGCACCGGCAGCAGCGGGGGAGGCCCCAUGAUGGGCUCGCCGUUCCUCUCGCCUUCCCUUGCCAGCAAGCCGUCUCACAUCGCCGGAAUCCGUCAACUCUGCCAGUCCCCUGCCGUCGCGCAGCUUCCGCCGCCCGCGCUUCCCAUCCACGCGCUGCCCCCGCUCGGAGGUUCUCCCGCAGUUGGCGCGGGGAGCGCUGGCGCGGGCAGCCAAAUGGGGGCUGGUGCGAACAUGGGCGGAACGAGGGCGGGUAGUGUGAACGCAGUAGCGCCAGCAAUGCGGCAGGCAGGCAUGGCAUGGGUGGACCGGCUUUCGAAUCUGGCGCACCAUCAUGCCAGCAAGCAGCAGCCGCAGCAGCAGCAGCAGCACAACAGGCAGCAGCCACAGCAAACUCAGCCCGUGCAGCAGCAAGAGCGUGUGGCAACAGCGACAUGCAGCUCCCCUGCGCCCCGUACAAGCAGCGUGACAGGCGGCGGUGCGCCCACGGAUGCAUCGGCAGCAGGCAGCCAGGCGGGCAGCGGAGUGUGCGCAGCAGGGAACGAGCAGCGCACGGCAAAGACCUCCAUUCCGGAGUCGAUUUCAAGGAGCAAGGGAGCGAGUGCGUACGAGAGGGACAGCCGGGGAGAGGCGGAGGAGCAGUCGAAGGCGGCUGCCGCAACGCAGCCGGCAAGCCCUAGCUUGGUGAGCAGGAACGUGCCGCUGCAGCAGGCGCCGCAUCAGAAGUGCUCACCCGGUGGGUUCUCUAUUGGGCCUGGCCUCGCUGCGCUGCAGCGCAGCCCCCUGCCUACUGUGCCGGAGGCGCAUGUGGAUGCGGCCCCUGAUGCUGCCGCGAGUCUGCACAAGUGUGAAUCCGUGUGUGACAGCUCCGUGCCUGCCGUCUCAAACGCGGGUCCGCCUUCUGCGUUUGCUGCUGAUGCUGCCAAUGGUGUUGCUGAUGCUGCUGCCGGUGCGGGUAGUGGCACUGCGUACACGGUGGUGGCGCAGCAGCAUGCACGCAGGGCAGAGGAGAACAUCAAGACGGAGGAGCAGCUGCAGGUGCACCAGCAGCACCACCCUCCAGUGCCUAAGCAACCAUCGAAUUCACAGGAACAAUCUUUGCUUGUGCUCAAGCCUGAGUAUGAGCAGCAGAAUCAACAGCAGCUAGGCAAGGUGGAACACGGGGAGAAUCCACCGCCGCCGCUGCAGCAACUGGAGGAGCAGCCGACCCAACAGUGCCAGCAGCAGCAGCAACAGCAGGAGGAGGAGGCUUCCCAGAGGCAGCAGCAUGAGGAACCACUGCAGGCAGCGAAAGCAGCGAUGGUAAAGGCAGAGGAGGAGCGACAGGCACUGCUGGAGAGCCCCGACAAGCUGGACUGCACCAUUGCACACACAACCCCCCAGCUAACGUCUCUCCCACACCCGCCCUUGGGCUCGCAACCUCCUGCCACUGCUGCUCCUGCUGUUGACGCUGCUCCCUAUGCGCUGCCGAUGGCGGCUGCUGCUUCGCCAUCCGCCGUCGCAGCACCUGCUGCUGCUGCUGCACUCCCUGUGGGUCAGCCCGACUCCAUGCCUGCCGGCCUGGGUGCUUUCCUGCCGCCUCUCUUCUCCAACGAGCUCACCUACCCGGGCUGGCCUGCAGCAGAUGAGUCGCUGGGAGGGGCGGGCGGCGAGGAGGAUGGCGUGACGUGGACGGAUGCAGGGCUGAUGAGGGCGGAGGACAUGGAGGCGAACGAGAUGGAGGUGCUGGAGUGGUGCCCCGAUGGCUCUGAUGGUGUCUUUGCGGUGGACGGCGAGUACUACUCCGUGCCUGGCGGUGCUGCCAUCAUGCCCUCUCAUGCGGAGCUCAGCGUGUUGCCUGCUGGACCCGGGCCUGUUGCUGCUGCAGCUGCUGGUGUGUCUGUUUCUGACCCUGCUGCGGCCGGCUCUCUGGCUGUUCACGCAGGUUGGCCUGCGGUCGUGCAUGUUCCCAAUCAGCAACCCAGCUUCAACGCCUGGCACGCUCCUCUGGCUCCGUCGCCCCAGGCUCAUGCCUGCAUGCCGCCACCGUCCUUUCAUCCCUCGGACCCAUCAGGAUUCAAUCCUGCUGCAGCUACCGCGGGCGCAGCAGGGUCUGCACAGAGCCAUGGCUUUGCAGCGAGGGGCGGAGAGCAGGGGAUGCAUAUGGAAGGGGGUGAGGAGGCGGUGGGUGGUCUUGAGUGCACUGACAGUGUGGUGCAGCUGUGGGGUGGCUGUUGGGGAGGAAGAGAGGUCCCAUAG